AUGCGCCUCGUCGCCGUCCUCUAUUGGUGCCUCGUCGCGGCAGCAGCCAAGAAGCACGUCCUCUUCGACCACACCAUCAAUGCGGGCCCGAUCGGUAUCGACCUCGACAACCAACUCACCGUCACGGGCUUUGGCAAGCGGGGCGCGUACCACCCGCUCGCGGUGGCUGGCGUGAAAAUAGGCGACGUGAUCGUGCAGGUCGACGGCGAGGCGCAGCCGCCGGGCGGGCUGGCGCGGCCGCGGACGCUGCCGCGGCGCUACCGCGAGGCGCGGGCUCGAUUAAACGAGGACUGGCCGCAGCGGCGGCGGAUCCGGUUCCGGCGCGAGGUGGGGGAGGAAACGGCGGCGCCC